GCGGGGCGAGAGAGGAGGCAGCCUUCCUUCCUUCCUUCCUUCCUUGAGGCAGAGUCUGCGUUUGCCAGGAGUCGCGGUCGGGAUGGAGGGAAGCGUCUGGCGCGGAGGAGGAAGAGCAGGCUUUAGAAGAAGAAAUAUAUAUAUUGUGCAUGGUGGAAUUACUUCUGAAAGAAGAAAUGUGAUUGCCUAAACUGAACAAAAAUCAACUCACAAAAUACUAAAUAUAAUAAUAAGAAUUCCUAUUGCUUGUAAUGGACAAUUGUCAUAAUAUUAAAAUAAUCCCCUUCCAAAGAGUAAUUUGCACUGAGAUGAAAGUAAAAGAGAAGUACCUUCUAUGAAGAUUGUCAAGAUUUUUAUGACUUUUUAGUAUAUUUUAAUUUAUUCACUUCUGAGUUUUUAUGCUCUAUUUUUGUCUCCUUUUUAUAAAACAAAAAACCAAAACUAUUCUCAAACAAAACAAAGCAAAAGUAACAUUGGCUUGGUGUGAGCUGAAGAGUUGGAUGUCUGUUUGAGCACAAUGCCAUAACUUUUUAAAGGCAGUUGUCAGAAAGUAUUUUUUUUAUUCAGAGUCUUUACUGUUACUUUAUCAACACAUACUCAUUUCCUAAAUAAUGGCAUGGGCAAAAUUCCUGAGGAAACCUGGAGGAAAUCUUGGAAAAGUAUAUCAGCCUGGAAGUGUCAUGUCAUUGGCUCCUACCAAAGGAUUAUUAAAUGAACCAGGACAAAACAGUUGCUUUUUAAACAGUGCUGUACAGGUUUUAUGGCAACUCGACAUAUUUCGACGGAGUUUAAGAGGACUAACUGGACAUGUUUGUCAGGGUGAUGCUUGCAUAUUUUGUGCUUUAAAGACCAUAUUUACACAAUUCCAACACAGUCGAGAAAAAGCACUCCCAUCAAAUAAUAUGAGGCAUGCCUUAGCUGAAAGCUUUAAAGAUGAACAAAGAUUUCAACUUGGCUUCAUGGAUGAUGCAGCAGAAUGUUUUGAAAAUAUCCUUGAAAGGAUUCACUAUCAUAUAGUGCCAAGCAAUGAAACAGAUAUGUGUACUUCUAAAUCCUGCAUUACUCAUCAGAAGUUUGCUAUGACAUUAUAUGAACAGUGUGUAUGUCGCAGUUGUGGGGCAUCUUCAGAUCCUUUGCCUUUCACAGAAUUUGUGCGUUACAUUUCAACUAAAGCCUUGUGCAAUGAAGUAGAUAAAAUGUUUGAAAGGCAUGAACGUCUCAAGCCCGAAAUGUUUGCAGAACUGCUUCAAGCUGCAAAUACUACAGAUGACUUCAGGAGCUGUCCUAGUAACUGUGGCCAAAAAAUAAAAAUCCGUCGUGUUCUAAUGAAUUGUCCAGAAAUUGUCACAAUUGGUUUAGUCUGGGAUUCAGAACAUUCUGACCUGACAGAAGAUGUUAUCCGAAACCUGGCGACACAACUCUAUCUUCCAGGGCUAUUUUAUAGGGUUACAGAUGAACAUGCCAAAAAUAGUGAGCUUUUUCUUGUUGGAAUGAUUUGCUAUGCAAGCAAACAUUACUGUGCCUUUGCCUUUCAUACCAAGAGUUGCAAAUGGGUGUUAUUUGACGAUGCUAAUGUGAAAGAGGUUGGAACAAAAUGGAAGGAUGUGGUGUCCAAGUGCAUUCGGUGUCACUUUCAGCCAUUGCUGUUAUUUUAUGCAAACCCAGAUGGAACACCUGUAUCAACUGAAGAUGCACCUAGGCAGAUAAUUAACUGGUCACAUUAUAAAGCCUCUGCAGGAAAUGGAGAAGAACCUGGGUUUGAAAAGUAUGGUUUUCCAAAGUCAGACCAUACAAAAGAGAAUGGGUUUGGAGAACCUUUUAUUCAGAAAAGCACUAAAAAAAUCCAACCAGAAAACUCAUCUUUUAAUCGGAACCAUAUUCAGUGUAGCGGUGUCAGAGGAUCAGGAAAAUUAGGGUAUAAUGACCACAGGGAAAAGGCAAAGGACAUUUCCAGAGAGUGUGCUCAGAAGGUUGCUGAGAUGAAAAAUAUCUCAUCCUCUUUAAGAAAAGAUGUGGACAGAGGAUCAAAGAGAGACUCAGGAAAACAGAAAGACCUGCCUGGAGAAGUACGCACACAUUUUAAACCAGGAUCUCCACCAUCUGGAAAUGGAUUUAGACAGAAUUCCAAUGAGCGUGUGUAUGGUAGUCAGGGGAAAGGGCCGUACAGAUAUGAAAAGGUUCACAACCAAAUCAGACCCACUGCACAGGUGUUGGGAUCCAAUAAAACAGAUGGCUUUCCUGAUGGAGAGAAGAUAAGUCGCAUGAAGGCUGACAGCAUCACUGGUUAUGACACAGACAGUAGCCAAGACUCCAAAGACAAAGGAAGUGUCAGUAGCAGCAAAAGUCGAAGUAGAGGGUGGAAGCCCAUGCGAGAAACACUGAAUGUAGAUAGCAUCUUUAGUGAAUCUGAAAAAAAAGAGCAUAGUUCAAAGCCAAAACUAAAUGCAAAUAGCAAACCAAAACAUGAAAAAGAACUGAGUUCAAACAACUGGCCAAAAGAAAAUGCAAGUCAAAAAGCCUUGAUGACUAUUUAUGAAGAUGAAACAAAGCAGACAGGGAACCGUAACUCCUUUGAUUCAGAAGGGAAGGAAAAUGCAGAGAAAGGCAAAGGAUUUACAGAGAGAAAAGUUCAUACUGACAGUUGGCAGAUACAAAGGACUGAGUCUGGCUAUGAAAGCAGUGAUCAUAUCAGCAAUGCAUCUGCCAAUCUGGAUUCACCUGUCAUUGAAGGAACCAGCCCAGUUGAUAACAUUACCAGUAAAGAAAGUGCUUCUUGCAGUGAUCAGAAUCUAUCCGUCAGAUAUUCUGGGUGUGUCUUGCAGUCUACCUCUCAGCAGGACAAAAACUCUUUGGAUGGUUUGAAGAAAGACCAGGUUAAUACCCAUGUGAACUACAGAACUCAUAACACAUCGUCAGCAUCUCAUCUACAGAUGCACAGUAUGCCACUGAAAAGGUUUGAUGUACCUGAUUGCAAUAAGAAGUUUUUUCCUUUAACGCUACAGAGCACUUUAAAAGACCACACUGACAGAGAAAUGAAGAACAACAGUGCAUUAAGUGAGCAAAGCUCUGCACGAUGGCCUAAGGACAAUAUACUUGAUGAAACAAUCAUACCAGUGCACAGUACUGAGAGUUCAAGUUCUUACAAUGGUGAGAACACAACAAUGCCUGACAGGAUUCUAAAUAGGGAAUCUCUCUCUGCCCAGUUGCAGUUAUCUCACACACAGACAAUGAGAUCCAAGCCAGCACUUGCAUUUUUUUUACAACAGAAUAUAUCCAAACCUUCCUAUCCUGAAUCAUCUUUAUCAGUUGAGCGUAAAAUUCCUUUGUAUGGAAGCAAGACUGAUGAUACUCCUGAAGCAAUUUACCAAAAUCUUCCUCCUCCUCUGCCACCAAAGAAAUAUAGUGUGACUAAUUUGCAUGGAUCAGAACAAGAAUCCACUGUAGAUCCAAAACUAACAGAAAUACUGUGCACAAAUCCUUCAAAUAUUGAAAGGCAUAUUGCAAAUGUUACUUUAAAAGCUACAACUGAAGCAAAUCCAUUUGCAGAUGAAGAAAGACUUAAAACAUCAUUUCAGGACAAUGGGUCCUUGAAGACAGAUUUUCCAUCAAGUUUAUCAGGAAAUGAUUUGUGGGCUGUUUCUGGUAAUCCUACAAAUAAGGGGGCUUGUCUUAUGGGAUCCCAUGCUAGCUCACUCGAUGCAAAUGCAAAUGAUAUUGUAUCUCUUACGACGUACUUUUCAGUUGAUAAUUGUAUGACUGAUACAUACAGGAUAAAAUACCACCAGAGACCCAAGCUGUAUUUUGCAGAUAGUGGUGUAUUGAACAAAGAAACAUUACCACCAAAUUCUCUGCAUCUGAACCCUUCAUACCAUACAUGUGAAUCAGAUUAUCCCACAACUGAGCAAAGACAUAAACCUAACAUUGGAAAUGUGUAUUGCAAUAGGUAAAAUUAGUAAUGAAUUAAUACAAAUACUUGGUACAUGAUGGGAUGUUUAGGUUUCUGUAUCUCACCUAACUUAGAAAUUACAGCUGUUGAACUGUGCUUAGCACAUGCAUGUGUGAUCAAGAAAGAUGCAUGGUAUUUUGGUCCUGUACUAAUAUAUUUGUCUUUUUUUUUUUACUUCAACAAGAUUUGUGCCCAUUAUAAGCUAAUGAAAACUCAACCAGAAUUGAUGCAAGAAAUACCAUCUACUUGUAUUUCAUUUGAGAAAUAGGAAUAGCUUGCCUUUUGCAACCAAUUAUUGCUGCUCCUUCAUGGCAUGACUUGUUUAAAUCAACUUAAAAUAAGAUUGAUACAAAUUCAUAACAGUUGGCUCUGAUCUCACAGUUGAUUAGUUAUUAAGCUAUAUUGUAAGGCACUUUCUUUAGAUUACAUCUUAGAAAUCAUAUAUUUGUUCAUCUUCAGUUGUCGUUUUGUUUGCACAUUAGGAAAUGUUUAGGCAUAAUUGUUCAGUGAAUUUGAGCAAUCUAGAUAAAUCUAAUAUUGAAUAAUCAUCCACAAGUUUGAAGCAGUGGAAGGGAAAUACAUCCCAUUAAUUCUGUUAACUUGCCUAAAUUUGGUUGAAAUGAUAUAGGGAAUAUCUUUAUUUUUAAAUGAGCAAAUUGACAGCCAAAGGAUACAUGCAAUAACAAAGUAGUACAGUUCCACUAGGAGCUUACACUACCUCAGAUUUCACUUGGGAGUUUUAGCCCCUACAUGAAAAUUGUCCCUUGUGUAAAGCUCUUCAUGGGGUAUUAUUUCUGAAUUAUCAGAAUUUUUAUGAGAUGUGAUUUUUCCUAUGGAGGCAUUUUCACACACUCACCUUAAAAGGUAUACUCUCAUGUGAACUGUACUACCUCACCAUGGCAUGUAUCAUUCUAUCCUUUGUAUAUAUGAACAAAUAUACUAGUUCAGGGAAAGAUGGCUAUGUAUGGAUUGCAUGCUGCAUCUGUCUCUGCCAAGUCUGUUAUCAAGGCUUUCAUAGCUAUGUGAUGUCACUAGUUAGCUAGCUAGUCACUUCUAGGGCACCAAGGGGGGGGGGGGAAUCCACAGGCCAUUGUGUCACACAUUGUCUACACCAGUAGUGGGAAUCAUGUAGCUCCCAAACUGAGUGGUGGAAAAAGAAUUGUGUCUCCAGAGGUAUCCAAAUGGCCCAAGUAUCCUCAAAAAUACAAGGUCUUCCCCCACCUUUAUCAUACAACCCCAUUAAAAAAAAUCAGAAGUGACUAAUCACUUCUGGUUUUGCCAGGAGAUGCUAGCUGGUGUGACCCAUAAUGGGUCUGGUGUCUAGGUUUCCUGAAGUUGCCUACCCCUACCUUAGUAAUAUGAGAUGGUCUUCCCUAGGGAGUGAGCAGCUCUUGCUAAGGUGUUCUGAGCAGUCAAGAGAAUAAAAAGAAAUUAUUGCAUAAGGUAAUUUCAAGCACCAGUUCUAUCUAGGAAUCCUUUUUUAGAAUCCCUUGCAAGAACAUAAAAAGUAAAGUGCAUUUAAUGGAAGUGUUGUUUUGACCUUCCCUUACUUUCGGGUAAUCUUUAAUCAAAAGUCAUAGUAGUAGUACUACUGGUUUGCCUUCUUAAAAUUGUAAGAUGGAAGUUUGUAGACUCACUUUAGAAUUUUAUUUUACGCCUAACCUGGAGUCCUUUAAAUACUGGUGUGAUGUACUGAAGGAUCAGAAUUAUGCACAGAAUGGUACAUAUAAUCAGAAAAAAAUAUUAUGGACAUAUAUUUUAUAUUACUCAAAAUAGUAAUUUAUCUGAAAAUGUUGAGUCAAUUAUUUCUGUGGUCUGGGAUUUCUUUAACACAUGACUGUCUAGUAGUUUUUUAAUUGUGUGAAAUGAUGCCUUAAUGAAUGAUAUAGAUCUUAUUUUAAUAUAUAAAAUGGCAACAGGAGUUUUUAAAAGCAAUAACAGGUAUUCUAUACAGCAUUCUUUAACUACUGCAAAGCAGUUGUAUGUAGUAAGAUUGUUGGAGGCUAUCCUUGUGCUGCAAGAAAGAUUUUCAUAUCAUAAAUUGUAUAGAUAUAUUUUUGUAUCAGUGUUGCUGAGUGAAGCAGCAUAUGCUUCUCUGCAUGAAUGGAAAGUGCUUUUUGGUGUUCUUAAUGUCUUAAUUCAAACUACUAAUUUCUUUUAGGUUUACAUGGAAUUCCUAUUUAGUUGCUGUAGGAUUAAAAUAAACUACGUAUAUGGCACAAUACUUUCAUAAUUUGGGUAAGCAUUUAAAUAUCCCAAAGUAGUGGACCCCAAACUGUGCUCUUUAAGGGAUUUGGACUUCAGCUCCCAGAAUCCCAGACUGUUGGUCAACAUGGCUGAAGCUUCUGGGAGCUGAAGUCCAAAAUCUC